AUGAUGAAGACGGCAAAGAUACCAAGAAUUUUGGUGCCCGAUGUUUGGAUUUUGAUAUCCUGCAAACGAUAUCCCUCAAUUUCUCUACCUGUAUUCCACAAAAACCCUAAUUCUUAUAACCAUCUACUUUUACCAGGUCACCAUGGAUCAGUGAUAUAUCAUUGUAAACAAACGGAAACCUUUCAUGUUUCAAAAUCUGAAUCCAGCAAGAGGCAAAAAACAUCAUCAACCAUUUGGGAUGACAACCCUAGAUUAAUCCCCAAUCUCCCUGAUGAAAUCUCACUUGAAAUCCUUGCAAGACUUCCAAGAAUCUGCUACUUAAAUGUAAAAGCAGUCUCACGAAGCUGGAAACUUGCAAUAACAAGCCCCGAAAUUUACAAAGUCAGAAAAGAACUAAAAACAACCGAAGAAUGGCUCUACAUAUUAACCAAAACUCAAGGCGAUAGACUAUUAUGGCACGCAUUCGACCCAAUUUCCAAAAAAUGGCAAAAGCUACCCCCGAUUCCUGAUCUUCCAUUCGAAGAUGAAAACAAAUCAUCUGGUUUUCGAGUGUGGAACAUGGUAGGAUCAAGUAUAAGAAUUGCAGAUGCAGUUAGAGGAUGGCUUGGAAGAACCAACGGCCCAGAUCAAAUCCCGUUUUGCGGGUGUGCAAUCGGAGCCGUUGAUGGAUCUCUUUACAUGUUAGGCGGGUUUUCAAGAUCAAGUGCAAUGAAUUCGGUUUUCAAAUAUGACCCGAUUUUAAAUUCUUGGAGUGAAUCAAGCUCAAUGUUGGUUGGAAGAGCUUAUUGUAAAACCGGUGUUUUGAACAACAAACUUUUUGUAGUUGGUGGUGUUAGCAGAGGACGUGGCGGUUUAACCCCGCUCCAAUCCGCGGAAGUUUUCGACCCGAAAACCGGGUUAUGGUCGGAAAUUCCAAAUAUGCCCUUUUCAAAAGCACAAGUGUUACCAACUGCUUUUUUAGCGGAUUUACUUAAACCGAUUGCAACCGGAUUAACAACUUAUCGUGGGAAAUUAUACGUUCCUCAAAGCUUAUAUUGUUGGCCUUUUUUUGUUGAUGUUGGUGGUGAAGUUUAUGAUCCGGAAUUGAAUUCCUGGGUUGAUAUGCCGGUUGGAAUGGGAGAAGGGUGGCCCGCGAAACAAGCCGGGACUAAAUUGAGUGUGAUUGUUGAUAAUGAUCUUUAUGCUUUGGAUCCUUCGAGUUCUUUAGAAAGUGCUAGAAUUAAAGUUUAUGAUCAUGUUGAAGAUUCUUGGAAAGUGGUUGAAGGUGAUGUUCCGAUUCGGGAUUUCGCGGAAUCGGAAUCGCCGUAUUUGCUUGCGGGGUUGUUGGGGAAGCUUCAUGUUGUUACGAAAGAUGGGAAUCAGAAUAUUGCGGUGAUGCAGGCUGGGAAACGGAAUGGUGAUUCCGGAGAAGGAAUCUUGAUAUAUAGUUAUGGAUUUGGGGCCCACUGUAUCAGUUUGUUUGCCGGUAAGUUUGUAUGUGAGGAAUGUUUUGAAAUUGUUUAUAUGGUUGUGUUCUUUUACAUGAGGAUUUUCAAGAUGUAAAUAAUGACUAUUUGUGUUUUGUAAACUUCUUUAAUUCGAUAACAAACUUUACCAUAUUAA